AUGUCGGAAAUGGAUUUUGAUUUGGACUCAGAACUUGAUUUACGAAUUGUAGAUAAAGGCAAAAGCAGAGAAAAUCUAGUAGAAUCACCACAACAGGUAGCAGAAGAACAAGUAUCUGGUGAUGAGACGGCUAUUGGUGAUGUACAAGAAUCUAGUGACGAGGACGACGACAUUGAAGUUGAGGGUGUUGGAUCAAACUUAACUGAUAACAAUACAGAACUUGGGAGGAAAGAAGAAGAAUUCUUGAGAAAAGAUCGUUCUUUGUUGGAAUUUCUUUUAUUGUUAGAUAAUUUUGAACCUCUUAUUCCCGAAUUUGUAACAGAGUAUUAUCUCAACAGAUCAGGGAUCCAAUGUGAUGAUAUUCGAGUAAUGCGUCUCAUGUCAUUAGCCGCUCAAAAAUUUGUUGCUGAUAUCGCUACAGAUGCGUUUCAAGAUUGCAAGAUUCGCCAGCAAAGUAAAAAGAAUAUUGGAAAG